AUGACUAUCACCAACGGGACGAAGGCUCUGAAUAGGGCCGAUGAGGUUGACCGGCUCCUCGAUGCCGUCAAAGCCCUGAUCAUCCCCUUCAUCCGGGCGGCCGAUGAGGCUGUGCCAUCCCGGGCUGUCGGUGAGCUGCUUCCUAACGCCAAUGGCGUUGUCGAGAAUACCCUCGUCGACUACCGGAAGCCCGAGGACCUUGCCCAGGAGAUGGCCCUCUCUUUGCCUGCGGGAGAGGGCCGUGGCGCUGGGGGUCUGCUGGAUGCCAUCCAACAGGUACUCAAGUAUAGUGUGAACACCUGGGAUCAGGGCUUCAUGGAUAAGCUCUAUGCCAGCACCAAUCCUGUCGGUGUGGUCUCCGAGCUUCUCCUGGUCUCUCCCGCCCUCACCGUCAUCGAGAAGCACACGGCCAAGACCCUGGCCGGCCUAUUUGGCUUCACGGGUCCCCGUGCUGGCGGUGUCACGUGCCAAGGAGGUAGCUCGUCGAAUCUCACCUCACUGGUCAUUGCACGCAACACGCUGUACCCAGAAUGCAAGAUCAACGGCAAUGCCGGUGCUUCCAGCCGCUUCGUGCUCUUCACUAGCCAGCACGGCCACUACUCGGUUGAGAAAGCGGCUAUCAUCUGCGGAAUGGGCUCUGCUGCCGUUUGGACUGUCCCCGUUGACAAAACUGGUCGCAUGAACCCGGUAGCCCUGCGCGAACUGGUUGUGCGUGCUCGGGAGGAGGGCAAGACCCCGCUGUACGUCAAUGCCACAGCCGGCACCACGGUUCUGGGGUCGUACGAUCCCUUCGAGGAGAUUGCGGCUGUGUGCCGUGAGUUUGGUCUGUGGUUGCACAUCGAUGCCAGCUGGGGCGGCCCAGCCAUCUUCUCGAAAAAACAUCGUUGGAAGAUGGCCGGCUCGCAUCUGGCGAAUUCACUGACGGUGAACCCGCAUAAAAUGCUCAACGUCCCGGUCACAUGCUCGUUCCUGCUCGGUCCGGACAUGGCCAUCUUCCACAAGGCGAAUACCCUGCCAGCAGGCUACCUCUUCCACGGCCCCGAUGCUCAGGCACAGGCAAAUGGCACCUCAUCACCAGCGGCUGCCGUCUUUUCCGACCCUGAGCCCCCGGAGGUCUGGGACCUGGCCGACCUGACCCUGCAGUGUGGUCGUCGCGCCGACUCGCUCAAGCUCUACCUCAGCUGGGUCUACCACGGUGCCUCUGGCUUCGCGACGCAGAUCGAUCAUGCCUUCGACGUGGCCGCUCACCUGGCCGACCUGAUCGACAAGCAUCCGGACUUUGUCCUCGUCUCGACGAACCCUCCCCCGUGUCUUCAGGUGUGCUUCUACCAUGCCCCUGGUGGCUCGCUGAGCGAGGAUAAAGAGGCAAAUACCCAGCGCACGCGGAAGAUGGUCGAGGGGCUAGUGAAGAGGGGGUACAUGGUUGAUUAUGCGCCGGGGGAGAAGGGAAGCUUCUUUAGGGUUGUGGUGAAUGCACAGACGAGGAGGGGGACUGUUGAGGGGUUGGUUAGGGCGUUGGAAGCAGUUGGGAAGGAGGUUGAGUAG